UCACCUACCCUGCUCUCUGCUUCCCUCUCUCCGUGUCCCUCUCCGUGCUUACAGCUUCCAUGGCCCCCAAAAAGCCAGACUUCAAGAAGGACGACAAGGCAGCCUCCAAGGCAGCUCCUGCUCCGGCGCCUGCACCUGCACCUGCACCUGCGCCUGAGCCCGAGCGCCCCAAGGAACCUGAGUUUGAUGGCUCCAAAAUCAAGAUCGAGUUUACACCGGAGCAGAUUGAAGAGUUCAAGGAAGCCUUCAUGCUGUUUGACCGCACACCCAAGUGUGAGAUGAAGAUCACGUACGGGCAGUGCGGGGACGUCCUGCGGGCGCUGGGCCAGAACCCUACACAGGCCGAGGUGCUCCGUGUCCUAGGGAGACCAAAGCAGGAAGAGCUCAACACCAAGAUGAUGGACUUCGACACCUUCCUGCCCAUGCUCCAGCACAUCUCCAAGAACAAGGACACGGGCACCUACGAGGACUUUGUGGAGGGGCUGCGGGUCUUCGACAAGGAGGGCAAUGGCACGGUCAUGGGUGCCGAGCUUCGCCACGUGCUGGCCACGCUAGGUGAGAGGCUGACAGAAGAUGAGGUGGAGAAACUGAUGGCGGGGCAGGAAGACUCCAAUGGCUGCAUCAACUAUGAAGCUUUUGUGAAGCACAUCAUGGCCAGCUGAAUCUCUCGUCCCAGGGAGAGCCCAUGCUGGGGACAGCUCAUCUCCCACUCAUGGUGCCGACGCCAGCCACCUGGAGCUGCGGGGAGGAGGGGAGCGCAUUGAGACUCCUACAGCAGCCCCCUCCACCGGCCCUGCAGACCUCUGGGUGCCUGUCAUCUCCCCCUACAAGCUGUGCAUCUCUGUCCUCACCCCAUGGGCCUCACGAAUAAAUGGCAUCUUUCCUUCCU